UUGUUAGGUUGGAAUAUUUGUUCCUUAGUACGUUGGCGCUUGAUCUGCAGUACGCCCGGUCGUGGAUCUUGUUGGGUUGUUGCUUAGUUGCGUUGUAUUCACUCCACGGUUCGGGAUCGCAUCUUGCAAUCGCGCGGUACGGUCAUAUCGUGGCUAGUUUGUUUCACUGUUUCAUUCGGGCUACAGCCAAUUAUGUAUGGGCAUAGGAAUUAUACAUAGUGUAUGGAUGUUUUUAAGAACAUCUCUUCAGUACUCGUUCCUGUUCUUUUGUUAUGGCUGCUACUGACCUUCAAUGGUAACCUCUUGCAACGGUGCCGCAGUUAUAAUUCCUCUAGUAAUAGUGUGAUAGAAAUCAGUGAUCAUAUAUUGUGUGCUAUUAUGAUUAGAUGUUGAAGUGCAUUUGUGGUCUAAAUGUGUCAUAAGAGGUGUAAUUAAUACAACUUGUUCUCAUUGAGUUCCGAUAGUAGAUAAGUCAAUGCAAAAUAGGAAUAUUUUCACUCAAGCCUCUACGUACUCUGCUGGCGAGUGAUUAGUAUCAGUAAUUUGAUAGUGCUUAGCACACAUACACACAUAUUUUCAUCAACUGUACAGAAGCAUCAUUCACUAACGAUUGGAUAUUUCUUGGAUUGAUUACAGAGUGAAUCGCAUGAACAAACGAGGUCCGUUAAUUGGAUUUGUAAAACGGCAGCAAUGAGGUUAGAAUGUCUCAGUUACGAAAGUCUGCAUCUUUUCGUUCUCGCAUCCCUGUAAGACGCGCUCGUUUUCCGUCGCGACGAUGUCCUAGUCCGCCUGAGCUUUUUACAUCGACUUCGAACGAUCCUGACUGGAACGGUUGUUCGCAUCCAGAAAAUCGACAUCGAACCACUAACAAUUGCCGAAAGUACUCUUCAUCGAGUUUUUCAAGUAGCGACGAGAGCUGCGAGUCGGAGGAACCUCUUCAGCGCCUAAUACGACAGUUUGCCGACGUGAAUCAUUCGUUUUACAUUUCAAACGAUGCAAUAAGUCUGGAUGGGCUUUUGGAUUCCAUUAGUAGCGGAAGCUUCUCUAGUUUACCAUCACCCACAGCAGCCUCAUAUUACAGUCGGAAGAUGUCACGAGCGUUCAGCACCAGUUACGAGUCUUUGCCGAAAUUUAGUCGCACUCCUGAGACAGUGAAAUUGCCAACAUCAGCCGCCGAUUAUAACAUAAAGCCUUCUUCGGGUAUCCAAGAAGAAAUAUCCAGCCACCAGCGGAGCACUAUCAAGAAGAUAAUCAGAGAAGAUAACACCAACAAUGACGUAGAGGGAAAAGUUGAGAAUACCGCCCUGACAAGUUAUAACAGAGAUGUUAGCGAAUAUAGACAAAAGCCAAUGAGAAGAGAUGACGGUAUUGUUGAAGAUGCUCAGAACACAAAGCUAAGGAAUGCAUCAAAAGAAAAGCCCAUCCCCAUGCCCCGUAGUACCAGGGCGUUUCCAGUGUCGAAAGUUGCCUCGCUGUCGUCGAUGAGCCCGUACCAGGAUAGGGGGAUAUCGGAAGUCGUGCUCCAUAAACGUGUUAACAAUUCCAGCUCAAAUACGUUGCAUGAAAUUGAAACAAAAAAAGACGAUUUAAUUGGAGGAACUACAGUCAGGAGCUAUGUAACAGGCACUCGUAAUGGACACAUUUUCGAUGGAAAUUUAAGCCAACAGCGACAGACGCAGCAGCAGUCAUGGAGGCAACAUCAACCAGCUGAAAGGGACAGCAAUGAAGACGAUUCUACUACUGCUUCCGGCCGUCAUCGUCAUGAAAACAUCAAGGAUCACUAUGGCAGCGGAAGUAAUAGCCUUCGUCGGGAGGAACAACAUGUUGACAAACGCUCGCUCCCAGCUACGAUGAACGCUUCACUGUCUCAAGCCUAUCCUUCACCCCCUUAUUGGUGCGGUGAGCGCCUGAAUCGGAUAAAUCUGCUGAAUUUACAGGAGCACGAGUCCUCACUUGAGAGUCUGGGGCAUUCCGUGUCCACGUUCCAGAGCUGUGACCAAAUGGUCAGUUGGUCAUCGCCGACGCGAAUGAGGCACAUUCCAAAACGUUCCGAUGAAACGAGUACAAGCAGCUUCGAGCACAUAAAUAUGACCACGGGCACGACUGAAAUGCCAACGGAUCCAUAUUUCGGAAACUAUGGGACUGCAUCGACUGGGUGCAGUCCUUCGCAAAAUAUGAAAAGAUGUAACGUAUUGCCAAGGGUAGCUGAAUAUAAGGAGGCAACGUCAUCGGCAAUGUCACCUACGACGAGGCAUUUCGGUCGUAAACAGCAGCCUCUUAUCCUGAAAAUGGACCCCCAUCCUGUGGAAGCACCGGCAACAGCAACAUCACCGAGGAUAUUUCCACCGAAAACAACUUCGUAUCGAAGUGAAUGUGAACUUUCUGGCUCUUAUGUAUCCCUGGAGUGUCCUUCACCACCCGGUCCGCCGACAUGUCUUCCAGAAUCACGACGGGAUCCACAAGCAAGAUUGGGAAGUUAUCUGAAAACACUUUACAUUGACUUAGCACUUAAGGAACCAGUUACACCCCAAUGGGCAAUUCCAGUUUCUCCAGGAGCUCUAUGUCCUGCACGAUUGGAACCAGAACUUCGAUUACAUGCUCAAUCGCAUGGAUAUAAUGACGCUAUCCUGGUCGAUCAGCUUUUGACUUCAAUUCAUACGAAGGAAGGAUCUUUUCUGGAAGCCCCACGCCGCGUUCUAAUUGAGUGUCCAUCCUGGGCAUCUCGCAGUGCUCUAGUAUUGAGGAUUUUAUAUGCUUGGGCCAAAGAGCCACCUUGGCCCCCGAAGGGAUCUCCCGUCGCGUUGGCUCUUUUCAUUCCGUUGUCCGAAAUAAAACGGAGUUUCGCAAAUUACGUCGAAAAGGAAUUGCUCCCAAAAGGACCAUUAAAUCCAUUUUCAAAUAGCUUUGGAGGAUUUACAUCAGCGUGGAAUUCACUGGAGACGUUGGGGGCGAAGCUGCUUUUCAUCCUAGAUGGCUAUGAUUAUCAACGAGGCUCGCCGAAACGAAAAGGCAAACAUUAUCCUCCUGAUAUCUACGAUUUGUUGAACGGGAAGCUAUUCCCCGAAGCACGAGUUAUUAUUACAACAUCGUCGACAGGCAGUAAUUCUAAUAACAACAAUGAACUACUCCCUCACAUACAACGCCAUGUAACGUUAGAAGGGCUCACAUGGGGUCGAUCUGCAUCAUUGCUAGGAGGAGGACAGUGGGGUGCUCCUGCCCGCCUUCUCGAUACCGUCCAAGAAAGCGCAUCUCUCCGUCGAGUAGUGCGAACACCACUUGGUUGCUUAUCAAUAGCUGCAAUUUUUGAAGCAACUGGGGGAGACCUGCCUACAGACGACCUAGAUGUAAUCGAGUCCGUAUUGAAUUGCAUUGCUCCUGAAACCUCGGCGAGAAACAUAGCGGAAUUGGGCAGACUAGCACUGUUUUGCCUGAAAAUGAAUCGACCAUCAAUCAGUAUAUCAGAAAUUCGAAUGUACUGCUCAUCCCCUGAAUCAAGCACUUUAGGAUGUUUGGACAAAGGACUUCUCUUGGGAAAAACCGCGCGAAAAAAGGGAGAUUACAUCUACCACUUCAUGUGUGCUGAUAUGGCCGAAUUUUUAGCUGCCAACUAUAUCGCUUCACUAGCAAAUCGACCUGGACUUUUGGCGGCAGAAAUUACUGGACUUUUACUAGGAGAAGAACUCGAGCCUGACUUAUUUAAGGUUAUCAAAUUUGCAAUGGGUCUGCUUGGAUCACGCGCUCACAUGCUUCUCUCGAAACUCACGCCCUUAUGGCUUACCCCACAGACAAUAUUUUCAUUGGCUUUAGCAGGCGGAAACUCACCGGAAAAUCUGUCUGCCCUUUGUGAUAUCUUAGGAAUUUCGAAAUACCCGCCCAUGUCUCCGCUGGAAACCAAGCCUAUUUGGGUACAAGUUCGUUCCGUACCAAAUGAACUGAUGGGCUGGGGAAUGGCAUUGAGAAGUCCCUCGUGUGCAUUGAAAAAUUUAGAACUCAUCUAUCAAAUAGAAAAACACGCCCUUUUAGAUUCUCGGAACGGAAUGGAGGUGUUCUUAGACUACCUCUCGCAUAAUGAAAGCGUUUCAACACUUCGUAUAUCGUCUUUGAUAGAAAAUGAAGUGAAGGAUGCAGAAAUUAACUAUUUAGCAAAUUGUAUAUCGAAAAUGAUUUUAAAACCAAGACUGGAAAGCUUCGAAUUGGUACUGACACUUUUAGAAGAAGAUCCACCCGUACUGAAAUUGCAACCCGUAGUAGUAGCUCUUUGCCGUGCAAUUCCGAAGCAACCCAAACUGAACUCGUUACUUCUGGAUUUGGGUCUUAGUACAUCGCAAUUGGUCCAACUUUGCACAGUUCUGGAUAAAUGUCCACAUAUCAAUAGAUUGUCUUUACCACAUCUACGUUGCGAGAGAGGGGCCGUCGGAGCUCUUGCAGCCUUGCUUACAAUGCGACCACUAUCAUUUUUAGCAUUGCCUUCAAGCUGGGGAGCCAGAGAUGAUCCACCGUCAUCGAGUGGGGUUAGCAUGGGCUCGGGUAGUGGUAGUAGCACCGGCACAUCUGGUCUCAUCAAACAGUCCUCAUUAACUGGCGUAUCAUCGCCUCGAGCGUACGCGUCCGGCUUAUUUUCAUCGCUUCCACGAGGCGUAUAUGUACCAACAACGAACCUAGGAAGAUCUGCAACACUGCCUCGUCAACCACUAGAAGCUCCGGCCGACAAACGUAGUUCAGACUCUGUUGUUUCAAAAACUUGGUAUCCAACCCCUGCGUGUGACGGUGGACCUCACAGUUCUGGAACCUUACAUGAUCUUCUAUUAGCUGCCCGAGAGCCCUACUCCAAACUACAUGGCUUAGAUUUAAGUAAGGCGCAAUUAUCCCUGGAGGAUUCAAUGUGCCUUGGAGAAACAGUUAGACUCUCGAUAACAUUGCACAGUCUGAAAUUAGAAGGAGCUUCACGUUUAAGUGAGGUACUUCCGUCAAUUCUAGGAGCCAGUGAAUCGCCAAGCUUGCAGAUGUUAAGCAUUGGUUCACCACGUUUGAAUUUAGAUGAUACGGCAAUAUCAAUGUCGGCUAGAGCAUUGACAAGUUGCUCAACGCUAAGACUUUUAAAUUUAGAUGGUUGGACUUUCAGAAUAGAGAAUCCAUCAACGUUAUCCAUUAUUCGCGCUUUCUUAUCGCUUACAUCGAUUCGCGAGCUAAGUCUUUGUAAUUGUCGUUUGCAAAUCGGUAUCUGCAGCAGCACUGCCAAAGUUGCACAUGCAUUCGAAUCCAGGUCGGUCGUGGUGUUGAAAAUGGCCGGUGCACAGGCGAUGAUGGCUGAUUCAAUACCUAUAAGAGGACCACAACUUCUAAACUUCGUUAGCGGCUUUCCAUGUUUGAGGGAGCUGGACCUAUCAGCUCCAGCACGUUCUGGCUUGGGAGGUUCCAUCACAUCUCCCAUGAUAAUCGACGAUAAAUCCCUUAUCAACUUCUUCCAAACAUUACACACAUAUUUUAGCCUCCUCAAUACAUUGAAAAUAUGUAAUUGGGUAAUCCAUUUCGACGACGCAUCGAAAACACUCAAAACCUUAUCGAAAUGUAUUCGUAAUAGUCCGUUAAGUCAUCUUAAAUUGGAUGGAAUAUCUGUAUUGGACCGACCAAAAAAGCUCCGUAUCGAAUCGCAGCUCCUACACUCCUUUAUAUCGUCAUUGCCGCAGUUACGUUGGCUUGGAAUCAGUUUGUCGACCAAACGGGAGGAUCAAAUUACAGCUAUCGGAAACGCCGUUCUGGACCUGAAGGGAUAUGAAAUUGAUAUCAAGCUAAGCGACUCAAGCAUCGAACACGCCAAAUUAAUGGCUCAGGCAAUCAGUCUGGAUGGUAAAUUCGAUAUAAAGGUAUCAACCUUUGGAACAUCGAGUGGAAUAUUAAUACACGCCGAGAAGUCAGGCACAAAGAGUCUGAGUCGGAAAAACAAGGACUAAAAUGGCAAAACGGAGGAAUGUCAGAGAAUCUACGGAGCAGCAAUCUUUUAACGUCUCCACCUCAUCUCACCUGGUGUCUGGAUGCUAUCCUCCGCCACAAAAAAAGUUAUUUUAUCUCCACACUGGAAGAGAAAACACAUUAAUAUUUUCGAGAGCACGUGCUUCGACUUGAUUGUUUAUGAUGUUGCUGUAAGGAGACAUUGGGACAAGGAUAAUAAAUGUAGGAGGCAUUACCUCUUCAUAUUUUUAACAGCCCGUUAUAAGUUAUUCUUCUUCUUACUGCAGUUGUUUGUUUGCCUAGCUUCUCUCGCAAAUAAGAUAGUGUUCUGUGCCAAAUUACGAAAAAUUAGAAGUACUAUAGAAGCGAACCAUAAAAUGAUUAGUUACGUUACUGACCCUUAGAAAACCAUCACGAUUGACUUGAUGAAGACAUUAAAAAUGGAUCAGCCUUAGUAAAAUGAAUAAUGAUAAUAAUGUGAAUUACUUUAGUGGAUAAAGAUUCAUUUAAAAUGAACCGUAGCAGUAAGGACGAUAGCAUUUUUACAAUGAAAAGUAAGACAAAAACCAUUUUUAGCAAAAUAAAACAUGUUGUAAACGUGAAUAGUAACGGAUUAGACCAAAUGUUGAAAAACCCUGAAAUUAAAUAGAAGCCAACUUCUUGGAACUAACAGAUCUAAUGAAAUUUUCUGCAUCUUUUGUCUUUUUGACAUAUCUACAUACAAUAUUUACGCAUUCACAUCGUACUUACAUUACUACUAUCUUAUUAUCAUCAGAAAAGUAUUUCUCUUAUAGUAUCCUUAAACUAAUGGUAACUUCAAUAUCGAUUGGAAAAAAUCAAAUGAAAACUAACACACAUACAAUUACACGACGAAGAUAUUUGGAGCGACAAUGGCACCCUUUGAACACAGCCACACGCUAACCGACCGUUCUUAGAAAUCUGUUAAUUUGUUAUCCUUGACACUGUCAAGAAGGAAAAAUUACGUGUAUUUCACAUGAAAUAUCGAUAAAUAACAGAAUAUGAAUCAAUAUUGUGAUAAAUUUCCUUAUUUCAAAAUCUACUGGAAAUAUAUAUGGAAUAUAUAUUUUUUAUAGUUUAUCAAAAGGAAGAGAAACCACGCGUUCGACUUAAAAGGCACAUGAAGUGUGAAUAUCUAUUGUUUUAUCGAAAAAGCGGAGCAUUGCGAACAUUUUAUUUAUAACAAAUAUUUAUAGAAACAAUACUUUUUUAACAUUAUAUAUACAUGCAACACGUUUAAUUAUAAAAUUAUUUAUUACCACGGUGGGAUAUACUCGUUUGAAAGAUGUAUUUGAAAAAGAAAAAGAUAUUUUUACGCGGUAGGAGGACCUUUUGUUCAAUAAAAAUAAAACUAAGAUAAGAGUUGAGACUUUUUUUGUUGAAUAGAAGAAGAUAUAUAAACAAAACAUCUAUUUAAGUGUUGUAUCUGAAAAGGAAGUGACAUAAACCAAUGCAUUAUGUUUGUAGCUAGAAUAAAUAAAUUGAUGCGAAUAUUGAUGACAUUAAGAAAAUAAAUUUUGGAAAUGUGUAAGGCAUAAAAAUGAUGUUAACGUUUUCAGGUGAUUACACCAAAACUUGUGAAAUAAAUGAUAUAAUAAAUA